AUGGUCAACCCCCCUGUGUUCUUUGACACCGCCGUGGACAUAGGGCCCUUGGGCCGCAUCUCCUUCGAGCUGUUUGCAGACAAAAUUCUAAAAACAGCAGAAAAAUUUUGUGCUCUGAGCACUGGGGAGAAAGGAUUUGGUUACAAAGGUCUCUGCUUUCACAGGAUUAUCCCGGGAUCUAUGUGCCAGGGUGGGGAUUUCACACGCCACAAUCACACUGGUGGCAAGUCCAUCUGCGGGGAGAAAUUUGAUGAUGGAAAUUUCGUCCUGAAGCACACAGGUCCUGGCAUCCUGUCCAUGAUGAAUGCUGGACCCAGCGACGGUUCCCGGUUUUUCUUCUGCACCACCAAGACGGAGUGGUCGGAUGGCAAGCACGUGGUGUUUGGCAAGGUGAAGGAGGGCACGAACAUCGCCAAAGCCAUGGAACGUUUUGGGUCCAGGAGCCGCAAGACCAGCAAGAAGAUCGCCAUUGCUGACUGUGGGCAAAUCUAAUAAAUUUGACUUGACUUUUAUCUUAACUACCAGAACGUUCCUUCUGUAGCUCGGGAGA